AUGGAGCAAUCACCGGCGGCAAGUCGUCCAUGGCUGCUGCUUCUCUGCCUCGCCGCGGCGGCCACCGGCGGCGUACUCCAGGCUCCCGCCCAGCUUGACAGCAAAGGUUUCAUAAGCGUAGACUGCGGACUACCGGGGAAGGCGAGCUACGUGGACGGCGGCACCAAGCUAUCCUACGUCUCCGACGCCGGGUUCAUCGAUGAUACCGCCGGCGCCAACCACAACAUCUCGGGCCAGUACAUUCGACCGCAGCUCUCGCGGCGCUACCACGACGUGCGCAGCUUCCCUGAUGGCACGCGCAACUGCUACACACUCCGGUCCCUCGUGUCCGGUCGCAAGUACCUCGUCCGCGCGGCCUUCAUGUACGGCGACUACGACGGCCUCGGCAGGCUGCCGGUCUUCGACCUCCACCUCGGCGUCAACUACUGGCACACCGUCAACGUCUCGACGCCCGGAAUCGAAGUGACGGCGGAGGCCAUCGUGGUCGUUCCGGACAACUUCGUGCAGGUCUGCCUGGUGAACACCGGCGCAGGAACGCCGUUUGUCUCCGCGCUAGAGCUGAGGCCGCUGAAGAUGAAGUUCUACCCGCAGGCGAACCUGACGCAGGGCCUCGUCCUCGACGUCAGGCUCAACGCCGGCCCGACAGGUGCGACGGACAUCGUUAGGUACCCAGAAGAUCCGCACGACCGAGUAUGGCUCCCUUGGGUCACUGCGAGAGAGUGGAAAGAAAUAUCGACGACGAAGCAGGUGGACAGCGCCGACGACGACUACGAGGUGCCGUCGGCGGUAAUGCAGACGGCGUUCAUACCGCUCAAUGCCUCCAUGAACCUCGAGUUCACGUGGGACCCCGAUCCUCGACCUCACGAUCCUUCGCCGGGAUACUUCAUGAUCAUGCAUUUCUCCGAGCUGCAGCUCCUUCCAAGCAACGCCCUGCGCCAGUUUGACAUCAACAUCAACGGCGUGAGGUUGUCCGAUGACAUUAGGCUAUUCUACCUUGGGGUCGGUGUCAUCUACAAUGAAAAGCCCUACCGGGACAGUAACUACAACAUCUCCAUCAACGCCACCGCCAACUCGACAUUGCCGCCAAUCCUCAACGCCCUCGAGUUGUUCUCCAUCAUGUCGAUGACAAACUUUGGCACGGACUCCGGGGACGUAUCUGCCAUCACGACGAUCAAGGCGAAGUAUCAUGUGCUGAAAAACUGGAUGGGUGACCCGUGCUCUCCCAAGAUUAUGGCCUGGGAAAAGUUGAUGUGCAGCUACGACAUUGGCACCCGUCCAAGGAUCAGAAGCGUAAACCUGUCUUCCAGUGGUCUGAAUGGUGACAUAUCGUCGUCUUUCGCGAAUCUAAAGGCUCUCCAGUACUUGGAUCUGUCAAACAACAAUUUGACAGGCACAAUUCCAGAUACUCUUUCGCAAUUACCUUUGUUGAAGAUUUUAGAUUUGUCAGGAAAUCAGCUCAGUGGCUCGAUUCCCUCUGGAUAUCUCAAAAGAAUUCAAGAUGGCUCCCUAAAUCUAAGAUAUGGCAACAACUCAAACCUUUGCACCAAUGCCAAUUCAUGUCGACCUGCUAAAAUGAAGAGCAAGCUGCCCAUAUACAUUGGUGCCCCUGCAGUUGUCAUUGUGGUGAUAGUAUCAGUGGCACUAACACUCUUUUGCUUGUUGAGACAAAAAAAUCCAGGAUUAAUGAAAAACUCCGUAAAGCCACAAAAUGAAACGAGAAACGAUGGGGACACAUCACUUGGACUUGAGACUCGUCAAUUCACGUACAAUGAACUUGAGAGGAUAACGAACAACCUUCAACAAGUGUUGGGAAAGGGAGGAUUCGGUUAUGUCUAUGAUGGCUUCCUGGAGGAUGGCACUCAGGUGGCGGUAAAGAUACGGUCUGAGUCUUCCAACCAAGGUGACAAGGAAUUCCUAGCAGAGGUUCAAAUUUUAACCCGGAUUCAUCACAAGAACCUUGUCUCCUUGAUUGGUUUCUGCAAGGAUGGGGAGCACAUGGCACUUGUUUACGAGUUCAUGUCAGAGGGAACUCUGCAAGAUCACAUUGUAGGAGGAGACCGUAACGCAAGAUGCUUAACCUGGAGACAGAGACUUAAAAUUGCAGUUGAAUCCGCACAAGGACUGGAGUACCUACAUAAGGGGUGCAAUCCACCUUUGAUUCACAGGGAUGUGAAGGCCACAAACAUCUUAUUGAACACGAGGUUGGAGGCCAAGAUUGCCGAUUUUGGAUUAUCGAAAGCUUUCAAUCGCGACAAUGAAAGCCAGGUGUCCACGAAUGUGAUCGUUGGCACACGCGGAUAUAUGGAUCCAGAGUACCAGACAACAGGGAGGCCGACAACCAAGAGUGAUGUGUAUAGCUUUGGCGUCGUGCUAUUGGUGCUUGUCACGGGAAAGCCACCCACCUUGCAUAACCUACGAAGCAUCGGCAUCAUUGAGUGGGUGCAACAACGGUUAUCGAAAGGCAACAUCGAAGGCGUGGUGGAUGUGCGCAUGCACGGUGACCACGACAUCAAUAGUAUGUGGAAGGCCGCUGAUAUCGCCCUCAAGUGCACUGCACAUGCGUCGGUGCGGCGCCCCAACAUGACCGAUGUUGUGAUGCAACUACAGGAGUGCCUCAAGCUAGAGGAGGACCACACCGGCAGCAACUCCAACAACAACUUCUACACUGGCAUCAGCAGCAACGACCUAAGCAUGAGAAAUGAUCCUUACCCUACUAACCAGUCCACGAAUGUGAGCCAGAGCAACACUUCAUUUGAAAAGGAACAUAAUUUUGGGAGGGUGCCAACAAUUGACAACGGUCCUGCUGCCCGAUAA